AUGCACGUCACCAACGUCGGUGGUUCGUUAACCACAGCGGUGUGUCUGUCGCUCAUCGCGUGGUCUGUUCGCGUUUUAAGGUCGUCCAAACCGAAUCUUUUGAAAGACUUGCAAAGUCAUUUGAAGAACAAAUCAGCGGACGAUGGAACGAACGAAAACAAAUCAACGUCCAUCAACUCCAUCAAACAAAAAGCUCGCAACGCGGCUCGACACGAGAGUUACGCGCGUUUAUCCCCAGUCGCAUUUUGGCUUUUGGUGGAAACAAAACCCGUGGAGUUUUUCAUCGUCGACGUGAGCGAUCGAAGCGAAAAUUCAGACUUGGUUCGAGCUUUGCAAAGACGGUUCAUAAGCGAAGAGAAAGAAGAGGAAGCAACCACGAAAAACAAAUCUCUGUAUUACGUUCGAAUGGAUUUGAGCGAAGUUCAGUUGCUCCUCAGGAACAGAAACUCGCCGUCGGCCACCUCGUCGAUGUUUCAUAAGCGGUACCCGAGAACGAAAACUCCCGGAUUGCGAAGCAACUUGAUAUUCGUCUCGCCGCACGGCAAGCACGCCGCGCAAGCCGCCGCGCAAGCCUCGAGUCUAGGCUUCUCUCGGUGCAGCACAGUCGUCGGAGGAAUGGUGUCGUUAAUUCCAUUGUUAGAUUCGGACAUGAAAUCGUUACUUUCCGAGGAAGACGUUUCGUUAUCUCGAGAUGCGUUUAUGACUUUAUUGGAAAGCUCGCACCUUCUCUCCACCGGCGCCGCUGUCAUCAUAGACAUACGAAGAUACGACGAAAGAGUGUACUACGGAUCCAUCAGAGGUACAGUGCACAUGCUCGUCGAUCAUAUUCCGAAAGCGUUGUUAUUAGGCGACGAGGAUUGGUUCCGAUCGUUUCGAUUCCCGAAACCAAAACCGGAAACGUUUGUCGUUUUAUUAACGAGCUCUGCGUCCAGAGCGAACUGGGCGAGGCAAGUGUUCAGCGACGCCGGCGUGACGAACGUGAAAACGUACACGGUCGAAAACGGCUUCGCGUGGGCGCAACACUCCAGAUGUACGAAAUACGAAAUGUUCGAAGAAGGCGAGAAGCCUCCGGAGAUUAUGGAUUUGGGGAAUAACUUGCCUUUCUCUCGCGCCAAAGGCGAAGGCGAAUUGAGGAUAGAAAACGUGUUAGUCAGUUAG